CCCAUGUUCCUGAGAUAAACACCACAACAGCACGGAGCACAUCUCUAGAAAGCAGGCUAAAAUGUAAAGCAGGUUGAACAGGACCUAAUCCAUACUGGUUUGCAAAGCAGCAUGUACUCUAAGUAACACUUUGUGGUAGCCUAAAGGAAGACUCCGCCUCGACACUGGACCUAACGCGGUUGUUUAUUUAUUUGAUUUCCGCGAUACGUUAGCUGCUCCUUUAAGCAUCCGGUACGGUUAAUUAAUUAGAUUCGAAAUGCAUGAAUCUCCACGUGCCAUUAUUCGCAUCGCAUCUAUCUUCGCCGCGAGGGAACGGAAUGGCACGAGCAGGACCCGUGCACCCGGAGAAUGAGAACCGCUCUGAGCCCAGAGACAUACCGUCAAAUACAAGAACCAGUUGGCAUUUCUCUCUGCCUCCCUACUUAUGUAAUAUAAUAUGUCAAGCCAGCGGACCGUGUCCUCCUUCUCCGAAACUUGUCCCUUCUCUACUGAACGCGCAACAUAGCUGUCCUUGUCGUUGCACAGACGGGAAUGUCAACACGGCAAGAUGGUCCGCAUAGCGAGCGUCCUGGGUUUGAUGAUGUUCAGUGUCGCUCUGCUCAUACUCUCAUUGAUCAGCUACGUGUCAAUAAAGAAAGAUUUUCUCUUCAUGACCCCCAAAUAUGCAAAUUCAGGGGGGCCUCGGAUGUAUAUGUUCCAUGCGGGAUUUCGGUCUCAGCUGGCCAUGAAGUACCUGGACCCGGCCUUCACCCCUCUGACCAAGGCCCUGAACGAGGGCCUGCAGGAGAACGCCUCCAAAUGGAGAUAUAACAGAACGGCAUUCACAGAACAGAGAAAAGAGAUCUCUCAGCACAUCGACAUCGCCCACAACUUCACCCUGACCCGGAGCAGCGUGCGCGUGGGUCAGCUGAUGCAUUACGACUACUCCAGCCACAAGUACGUCUUCUCCGUCGGAGAGAACUUCAAGUCCCUGCUCCCCGAGGCCUCCCCCAUCGUCAACAGGCACUACAACGUGUGCGCCGUGGUGGGCAACAGCGGCAUCCUCACAGGGAGUCGCUGCGGCCCCGAGAUCGAGAAGUUUGACUUCGUCUUCCGCUGCAACUUCGCUCCCACCGAGAUCUUCCGCAGGGACGUGGGGCGGAGGACCAACCUCACGACCUUUAACCCCAGCAUCCUGGAGAAGUACUACAACAAUCUGCUGACCAUCCAGGACAGGAACAACUUCUUCCUGAGUCUCAAGAAGCUGGACAGGGCCAUACUCUGGAUCCCUGCCUUCUUCUUCCAUACCUCAGCCACGGUGACCAGGACCCUGGUGGACUUCUUUGUGGAGCACAGAGGACAGCUGAAGGUUCAGCUAGCGUGGCCUGGCAACAUCAUGCAGUACGUCAACAGAUAUUGGAAGACCAAGCAGCUGUCACCGAAGCGGCUGAGCACGGGGAUCCUCAUGUACACUCUGGCCUCAUCCAUGUGUGAGGAGAUCCACCUGUACGGCUUCUGGCCCUUUGGCUGGGACCCCAACACGGGCAAGGAGCUGCCCUACCACUACUACGACAAGAAGGGUACCAAGUUCACCACCAAGUGGCAGGAGUCCCACCAGCUGCCAGCAGAGUUCAAACUACUCUAUAAGAUGCACACGGAGGGACUUAUCAAACUAACGCUCUCACAUUGUGCCUAGACCUGACUGGACCAAACCAGACCGGACCGGACUAGACUGGCAUGGACUAGAUCAGACUAAAAGGCCAAAUCUGGCACACGUUGGAAUUUCUGGUUGUAAACUGGUUUUCUGGUUAAGAAGACGCUAGAUAAACAGAUUACAACCAACUGGUCUCUGUUACCCGGACAACCAAGUAUAAAGGUAAUGUCUGUUUCAUGACAACAUCAAGAAGUUAGAUAACCAGAUCACAACUAUAUAAAGACUUAUUUUUCUGGUUGCUUAGAAAAAAAGAGUUCCAAAAGGGUUCUUCGGCUGUCCCCA